AUGCAUACUGCCUUCCCCUUCCUCCUCUUUGCAGCCGCGUCUGCUUCGUACAGCGGCGUCGCGACGUUCAACGACUACGCCGCGCAAACCAACACCGUAUGUGGCCCCAAGGUCGGUGUCAGCGGGACCUUCGGCGCCGCCGCCGGCGAUCUCUCUCCGGAUAUCUGGUCUGGCGAUAAAUGCUCUGGAUCGAUUGACUACUCUCUAUGUGACGGCGAAAACCCCGUGUCCGGCUACGAAGGCCCAUCCUGCCCAACAACGACCUGCGGCCAAUGCUGGCAGGUGUGCAAUACCGGGGGCUAUGGCGGCGCCACGGUGGGCGGUGUUGGGAAUUGCAUUAUCGUGGACAUCAUCGAUGCAUGCCCCUCCGAGUCCGCGUUCAACUUCUGCAAGACCGAGGUGCCUGCGGACGAACGUUGUGGCAGUAGCAGCACCAACUCGCUCGAUAUUGAUCAGAGUGCGUAUCAGGCGUUGACGGGGACGGCGUGGUCGAGUAGUAGCCCGAACCUGUUGAUUAGUAUUAACUCUGCCAGCUGCUGA